UGCAGCUCCCUGGUUCGUUUGAAGCUGCAUCAAGUUGGCGUGAGUGCCUGCAGCUUGACGGUCGCCGUGUCGACGGACUGGCUGCCUUGGAAACGACAAAAAUCCAGUCCAAGCUGCUGGCUCGCGAGCGGCGGCGGACUCAUAUUCCCUCACUUCAAAGGCUUCUUCAUCCUCCUCCUCCUCCUCUUCCUCUCUCCAUCCAUCCAUCCAUCGAACAUGGACGACCUGCAAUGAAACGCCGGAGCCGGAGAGCAGCAUUUAAAUAAGCCAGCGAAGAAGAAGACGGAGACCCGCAGACAGUCCUAGACCAGCAUGCCGUUGGUGAAGAGGAACAUCGAGCCCCGGCACUUGUGCCGCGGGGCGCUGCCGGACGGCGUGACCAGCGAGCUGGAGUGCGUCACCAACAGCACGCUGGCCGCCAUCAUCAAGCAGCUGGGCAGCCUGAGUCGCCACGCCGAGGACAUCUUCGGCGAGCUCUUCAUCGAGGCCAACAGCUUCUACCUGAGGAUGAGCGGCCUGCAGGAGAGGGUGGACCAGCUGGCCGUGAAGGUCACGCAGCUCGACUCCACCGUGGAGGAAGUCUCCCUGCAGGACAUCAACAUGAGGAAGGCCUUCAAGAGCAGUACCAUCCAGGACCAGCAGGUGGUGUCCAGGACCUCGGUGCCCAACCCCGUGGUGGAGAUGUACCACCGCGGGGACAAGCCUCCGCCGCUCAACAUCCUCAGCCCCUACAGGGACGACAAGAAGGACGCCCUGAAGUUCUACACCGACCCGUCUUACUUCUUCAACCUGUGGAAGGAGAAGAUGCUGCAGGCCACCGAGGACAAGCGCAAGGAGAAGCGACGGCAGAAGGGCUGCCCGGCCCACCCCGACAGGCCCCACUCCAGACAGGCCCCGCCCAGGAGCCCCCUGUCCAUCUCCGAGCAGCAGAAGCAGGUUGAGGACCCGAGCCGAGAGGUGAAGAAGGUGCGUAAGGCUCGCAACCGGCGCCAGGAGUGGAACGUCCUGGCCUACGACAAAGAGUUCCGGCCCGACGCCCGGCUCACGCCCUCGCCGUACCACGGCAUGUCCUCGGAAGGCUCACUGUCCCCAGAUAGCAGGUCAAUGGCGUCCGACUCUUACCCCGCCAGCCCCAACCACCCCUCCGCCCAGGCCACCGGCGCCGCCCACCCCACCGACCCCUCCAGGGACCACCUCAGCGCAGCGGCCCAGACCCAGUCCCUGGAUCGAGUCCUCAGGCCCCCCAACCAGCCCCCGUCGGGACACGGCGCCCAGGGCGGCGGAGAGCCGGCGGUUAACGGGCCGAGGCAGCAGUCGGGGAAGGACUACCGGGCCGGGCACGGCGGCCAGCCCUCCACCAUCCCAGAGUACUACAUCCCCCCCGCCCCUCCCCCUCCCCCCCCAACCAUCCCCUCGGCGCAGACCGCCUUCGACUCCACCGCCGCCCCUCCCGCCGCCUCCGCCGUCCCCCCCACCUCCUCCACCCUCUCCCGCCCCUACUCCCCCUCCCCCCCUCCUCCCCCGGCCAACUACGUGCCCUCCCCCUCCCACCCUCCGUCGGGCGUGCCCCCGGCCGCCCCUCCCCCGCCGCCGCCGGGAGCCCCCACGGGCUACCAGGCUCACCGGACGCCGACGCACGGCGUGGACGGAACGCCCGCGGGCAGAAAGGGCGCCAUGCCGGGGAUGAUCCCGAUGAGCGACGCCCGCUCCGACCUGCUGGCGGCCAUUCGUAGAGGCAUCCAGCUGAGAAAGGUGCAGGAGCAGCGCGAGCAGGAGGCCAAGAGGGAGCCCGUCGGCAACGACGUGGCCACCAUCCUGUCGCGCCGCAUCGCCGUGGAGUACAGCGAGUCCGACGACGACUCCGAGCUCGACGAGAACGAGUGGUCCGACUGA